AGUAUACAACUAGCUGCGUAAAUUCCUACUGACUAGCAAGUGAUCCGCCCUCAAAAGUACCAGAGCCGUUUGCGAGGCGUACGCAAGCUUAAAAAGGCCUCCUAGGACAGCGCGUCGCGAAGUGUGUGGCUAAUAAUUAGCGUCAACGUUAGCAAAUGACGGUCGACCGAACGCCAGUAGAAGAAAGCGUUCCAAUAAGCGUUCGCGGGAUAUCGAGUCCCGUAUUAACAUGCCCGUUUCGACAGACAAAAUAGCAGCCAAUAACAACAAUGUCGACGACAGCAAGAAACGUUCUCCAAGGGAAAAAGAAACAGGACUUACACAUAUCGGAAUGAGAGAGCGAGACUAUUAUUUCAGUCUGCUUUUUUCACUCAUCACCCCCUCUUCCCUCUAUUUUUUUUUCCUUUCAUUUCAUCACUGUUCGAAAAAUCGAGACUCGGCUAAGCAGGUACCCUCUCUUAGCGUGCGCAUAUCACUUCUCCAGUCAACGGAGUACUCCAACCGCAACUGUUGACUCGGUUCGUUGACUCUUGUACGAACAGCCAUAGACGCGUAUAGGGGAAGGUGAUAGCUCUCGAAUGAGAAGCUGUUAUUAUGGUGGUAACAAGUGUGUACUGGCCGUUGACAUUUGCAGCAACUGCUCUUUAGCUGAAAGAACCCAUAUAUGACGGUAGAUAACAGAUACGUUAACAAUUAUAAGUGUACCCCAGCAGCUAAUUACAAACGUUUAACUUUUAGCAAUGAAAGUUAAUUAUAUGUUUACGCGUAAAUGUCAAUGAUGCCAAGGAUCGCGAUACCGUUUAUGGUAUGUUGUGCAGUAUUGACGGCGGUUUCAGCCCAUGAAGAGUACUAUCUGGAAGAGCUAUGUGGAGAAAACAUGGUGGUCAACUUGAACGAGACAAGCAAAUUUAUAAUACAGCUCUCGAAAAAUGAAGAUGAUUUAACCAGCACAGGUCGGCACGGUUCAUGUCAUGGAUUACUUCAUUUUCGUUGGUCAGGUUACCAGGAGCUCUGGGUUACAGUGAGGGUGCGAAAUGCCUCCUUCGUAAAAGACCCAGCGGCCGACCAACAGCAGCAACAACAAUACGGCGGGUGUAAUGCUGUACACGCCUUGCAGUUGGUGUCUCAUGAUGGGAUUCGCAGUCUAAUAGGCCCAUCCGAGUUCAGUAUGCGUUUCGUGAGCGAUGUUCGGUUCAAGUACUACCGUCUCGGCGUCACUGGAGAAAAUUCGACAUUUUGGAUGACCGUCAUGAUCGAACCAUUUAAUAUACCUACUCGAGCGGAGUACUUCAACAGACGAAAUUAUCAUAACGUCUCCCUGGAGGAGUACUGCGGCCGAAACGUGUUCGAGAAUGUCACCGAUGGAACUAUCCGCUGGUUCUUAAACACUGCUGCCCCGAGCUUCGACGAGCCCCCUAGAAAUCAAUGUUUCACUCUGUUUACCUUUCAUAACACCAAAAUGCUAUCGAGCGAAAAGGACGCGUCAAUGGGCCUGUCGGUCCCGUAUUUCGUAAACAUCGAAAUGGGAGAAAGCCAGUUAAGGAAGCUUACUAUACCCCAGCAUGGUUGCCUUAUGGAUCAACAAGUCGUUCUUCGUGGUUGCGGAUGGAUUCAUACAUUGGAACCCCGACGGCGAAGUUCACUUCUAAUGCGCCAUUCAGGCCAUGCCUCUCUUGGAUACUUCCGCAGAAAACCUUUCGAUGAACAAUUCGCUGAACUUAACAUCAGCAUUCGUAUAAACGAAGGCGACGAGUAUGUGAUGGACGUUGAAUACAAUGAACAAGAGGCCUCAGAACUUCAAGACCAUGUUUCGAAUCCUCUUUAUUGUCAAAUGUAUUGUACCCUAUUUCAUUUGGUAGAAGUUGGAAAAGUCAGUGAUCCUGACUGCAAAGAACUUCUCACUCAAGUUCUUGCGCGGCAAUUUCGACUAUCGCCAUGGUAUUGUGCCCGGAGAAGAAGAAUGCUUUGCCUUGUCUGUCGGAAUUAUUCUGUUCGAAAGCCUCGCUAACUCAAUGUGAUUGAGCCAUACACAAAUCCUUGUUGAUGUUCCUGUCUUUGUCACGCAUUGCCCAGCAUAGAACACCUUUUUCGUCCAACCAAAUUCAGGUGAUGAUCUUUUUUGGAUGGAGAUUUGGCUAAAUUCUAGACUUAGAUGUGCCUCGAGGAGCGAUUUUUUCAGCGUCAUGUUUACUUAGAAAUACCAUUUUUCGUCACCAGUAAGUAUUUCCCAUAGUGAUGUAUCACUGUGGCUGUACACUGUUCGGCGCCAAGUGAGAUACUGAAAAACAGUUAAAAACCUUGUAUCUUUUGUUUAUUACACAGGUUAAAUUUGAAUAAUUUCCAAGUUUCAAAAUGCUUGUCGGUUAUCUAGUGUUCGUAGUCCAUUCCCUCGACCAGUAAAGAGUAAUGCAGUUUGAAAAAAGGCGUUUCUUUUUCAAAACUUUAUUUGAAACUUAAACUCAAGGAACUGAACGUCUUUUUUUAGAAUUGGAAAGUUUAAAAGUACAUAGGGGGUAUACAGACAGCAGAAAGGUAAAGGUAAAGGGAAAAGGGGCAUUUAAGAAAAACCCUUAUUAAAUUUUUGUCAUUUUAAUGAUAAGCUGAGUGUAUUUAUUUAUGUGCGCAAAUAUUGUGCAAAUAUACUGUUUCGAGAAUCGGAGUCCCCGCUGAGAAAAUCUCUCUAUCUCUGCUUAAGCAGCAGAGGUAGAUCACUUUAUUCUGUGGAUCGUUGUUUUCGUGGUCAUUUCCUAAUGUGUUUGAGCAUGAAUAAAAACAGAACGCGUUUUUUCUUUAUCGUGUACCAUGGGUUCGUUUAAAUGUAAAAACGUACUUAACGAUGCUAUCUAUACAGGGUCUAAAAUUAUCUUCUAUAGAUUAGAUCUUACGCAAAUAUAUAUAGAUGUGAUAAGGUUUUCGAUACUUGCGCACUAGACAAAGAAUUGAUUAACCGUUGUUGUUUAUAUCAGACACAACAGCUGUAAUGAGCUAACACUCUUUUGUAAAGAUAUAAUACAUUAUGACUGGCCGGUCGGUACAACUGACUAAAAAGGACUCGAACAAAUAUGUUUAUUUCCGACUAUUUGGUUUUUCAACCAACUAGCUAACCGAUGAAUCCACCACGUUGUAGCCCAUCAGCAAUGAAAAUACCACAGACAUCGGACGACCAGCCGCGUGCAGAAGCAGACUACGAAAUUCGUCUGCAUCAAGACAACACCAGCGCUAUGUUUACAUAUGUGACAAGCAAGAUAAACGAGGUUUCUGGCCAACAUUCUGUGAAGUAUGCAAGCAAACCCAAUACAGUAUGCAAGAUUCAGCCCAAAAGGCAGGAAAGCCUUUAAACAGGCGGUUAUACCUAGGCAAAAAGGACACGCUAAGACUCGUUCCAUGUGCGUGGCUUGUGAGAACACGUACGAGCGCGAAUGCUGUUCAUUCAUGCGGAGACAUCAAUAAAAAAAAAAACGUAUGAUGCACAUAUAUUUUAGUAUAUAGACUAUACAUCUCUACAAAUACCCCGGCCAUUCUGUUAGCUGUAACUGGGCCUCGAGGAACAGAAUAGAAAUAUAUUCAGAAUAAGAAUAAUGACUAUAAGGUGCUUCGUUGCGUGGCCAAUCGUAGAUUUAUGCUUAGGGAAUAUCACAC